AGAGUCUCUUCUCAAAGGCUGUUUCACAGUGAAAAUAUGCUCAGUGCAGCCGAGUGCAUGAAUGAAAAAGCCUCUGGUACCUUCUAGUCUGGCAAAAUGCAGCACAAAACUCAACUUACUCUGUCCUUUCUGCUGUCCCAGGUUCUGCUGCUUUCAUGUGCAGAAGGUUUAGAAUGUGUCCCUGGAUUCCAGCAAAAGGUUUUUUAUAUUGAGCAGCCAAUUGAAUUCACAGAGGACCAGCGAAUUCUGAGCCUGGAUUUUGAUGACUGCAAGGGUAAUAAUCAAUUGAACUUCGAAGUUUCUAACCCAGACUUUAAAGUGGAACCUGAUGGGUCUUUAGUUGCACUAAAGAAUGUAUCAGAAGCUGGCAGAGCCUUGUUCGUCCAUGCACGGUCUGAGCAUGCUGAGGAUAUGGCAGAAAUUUUGAUUGUUGGAGAAAAUGAAAAACAUGGUGCAUUAAAGGAAAUCUUUAAGAUUGAAGGCAACCUUGGAAUUCCAAGACAAAAAAGGGCUAUCUUGGCAACUCCAAUAUUAAUUCCUGAAAAUCAAAGACCACCAUUCCCCAGAUCUGUUGGCAAGGUUGUCAGCAGUGAAGGGACAGGGGGAGCAAAGUUUCGACUCUCUGGCAGGGGAGUAGAUCAAGACCCAAAAGGCAUCUUUAGAAUUAAUGAGAUCAGUGGGGAUGUCUCUGUGACCCGAACCCUUGACAGAGAAGCAAUUGCCAAUUAUGAGCUUGAAGUUGAGAUCACAGAUGCAAGUGGGAAAACCAUUGAUGGUCCAGUUCGUCUGGAUAUUUCUGUUAUUGAUCAAAAUGAUAACAGGCCAAUGUUCAAAGAAGGCCCCUAUGUUGGUCAUGUCAUGGAGGGCUCCCCUACGGGAACCACCGUGAUGAGGAUGACAGCUUUUGAUGCUGAUGACUCCAGCACAGACAACGCUCUCCUACGCUAUAACAUCCUCAAACAGACCCCUACCAAACCAUCUCCAAACAUGUUCUAUAUUGACCCAGAAAAGGGAGAUAUUGUGACAGUGGUGUCACCUGUACUGCUGGAUCGUGAGACAAUGGAUACUCCAAAAUACGAGCUGGUUAUAGAAGCUAAGGAUAUGGGUGGUCUUGAUGUGGGACUGACUGGCACAGCAACUGCCACUAUUCUGAUUGAUGACAAAAAUGAUCAUCCACCAGAAUUUACCAAAAAGGAGUUUCAAGCCACAGUAAAGGAGGGAGUCACAGGUGUAAUAGUGAACUUAACUGUGGGUGACCGAGAUGACCCAGCCACUGGGGCAUGGAGAGCUGUCUACACCAUUAUCAAUGGAAAUCCUGGACAGAGCUUUGAAAUCCACACCAAUCCCCAGACUAAUGAAGGAAUGCUCUCUGUUGUCAAACCUUUAGACUAUGAGAUUUCAGCAUUUCACACACUGCUGAUCAAAGUGGAAAAUGAAGACCCCCUGAUUCCAGACAUUGCUUAUGGCCCCAGCUCCACAGCAACAGUUCAGAUCACUGUUGAGGAUGUGAAUGAAGGACCAGUUUUUCACCCAAACCCAAUGACAGUGACAAAACAAGAAGACAUCCCUGCUGGCAGUGUUGUGUUAACAGUAAAUGCCACUGAUCCAGAUACCUUGCAACAUCAGACCAUCAGGUAUUCUGUUUACAAGGAUCCAGCAGGCUGGCUAGAAAUCAACCCUACCAAUGGUACCAUUGGCACCACUGCUGUCCUGGAUCGGGAAUCUCCCUACGUCCAGAACAACGUGUACACUGCUCUCUUCCUGGCAAUAGACAGUGGUAACCCUCCUGCUACAGGUACAGGAACUUUACACAUCACCUUGGAGGAUGUCAAUGACAAUGUCCCAUCCCUUUACCCAACACUGGCAAAAGUUUGUGAUGAUGCAAAAGACCUGAGGAUAGUGGUACUAGGAGCAUCAGACAAAGAUCUUCAUCCCAACACAGAGCCUUUCAAAUUCGAACUGAGUAAGCAGUCUGGCCCAGAAAAAUUGUGGAGAAUCACCAAGCUUAACAAUACUCAUGCCCAGGUCAUCCUGCUUCAAAACCUGAAAAAGGCCAAUUACAACAUUCCAAUUUCAGUGACAGAUUCUGGAAAACCACCUCUGACUAACAACACAGAACUGAAAUUACAAGUCUGUUCCUGCAAGAAAUCCAAAAUGGACUGCAGUGCAACUGAUGCCCUUCAUAUCAGCAUGACCCUUAUUCUUCUUUCACUCUUCAGUUUAUUUUGUCUGUAAGAACUCCUGACAUUUGAAGAUGUCCUACCGAGUUGCCAUGGCAACAGGAAAAAAAGAAACCGUCAGCUCUGAAGAUUGCAGUUUACAGUUACUGUUCUUCACUUCCAGGCCUCAGUUGCUCCAGAUUCAGCUUAAUUUGCAACCUCACUUAAUCUGUCUGACUAUACUUUGGUGUUUGACAGCCUCUACCCUUCCUUCUGUUCAUUAAUGGAUUCCUUUUGCAAGACAAGGUUUAUGCAAAUUUUCUCUGAAUGUUAAAAAGACCACGACAUCUAAACUGGACCUUGGGGGAGCAGAAAAAACAGAUUGACUCCAUUUUUUUCUAUCUGUUGACUUGUUGCUAUUCAAAUGUUCAGAAAAUAUUUUGUCUGUGGGUUAGUAUUUGUAUAUGUAUGAGUGUAUGUAUAUAUAUAUAUUUAUAUAGAGAGUUUACCACAGGUUUAGCUUUUAUAAAAAAUAUUCAUCUGGGGUGUGCAAGGGACAAAGCAGAUGAAUUGUAACUGUGCUACCAUGGCUAAACCUAGAGGAUUUGCUGUUGAUCGUGUGGCCAGAAGGAGAGAGCCUUUUGCAACCAUUCCUCUACACCACUCACUUGGUUGACACCAAAUAGAGAAGGCUCAGGGCUCUGCAGCAUCACUUCUCUUACCUCAGGUUCAGCAAACAAGUAAUGCAAGUCCUCCUGCCUUGUUUCUGAUCUGAAGAGCUCUCCUCAUGCCCCAAGCUGCUUCCCCAUCCAGGCAGAUGCCACCCACACCAGCUGGGUCUCCACUGACAGCAGUGGGAGUGCUGGGCCUGAUUUAAAGGGGGUUAAAAUCAUCUUUCCUUGAUGUUCCUGCAGAUGAUUCCUUGCUGGGGCAGUUUACAAAAUUGAAGUCCCUCCUCAGCUCUGCAGGUGAGAGCAGCAAAAGCAAAGAGUCAAAGCAAAGCUCAAAAAAAAAAAAAAAAAAACCAACUCAAAAAAAAGCAAAGCUCAAGCAUUGGGCUGGCUCAGCCCCUCUGCAGCUGGGGUGACAUAGGUAAGCACGAGGAGGCAAACAGAUGCCCUGUUAUAUAAAUAUCUUCACACACACACACACAUAUAUAUAUACUUUUGAAUAUAUAUAUAUAUACAUACAUACACAUGUACACGCAGUUAAGAGUAACAAGAGCAUUUCUUUAUGUGUGUAAACUUACCACACUUCUUGGCAGAGAAAAGGGUGUUCGUUAGGUAUAUGAAUCCUUUUUUAUUCUGUGAGCAUGUAAGGUGAAAAAAAAAAACCACAAAAAAACAAAAACAAACCUCUAACUGUAUCAAUAUGAUCAUCUUGUUAAUAAAUUGUAAAUGAUCCAUCAAAGCUCACACCAAAUUUUUAUAAGAUUAACAAAAGAAGUAUACUAGUGACAGACUGUGGCUUUUAUUAGAGCUUGCCAGUAACUAGGGUAAGGUGAGUGUCUUAGAAUAUUUUAAUAAACUUGCUUAUUUAAAGUUUAAACAAGAAAGCUUCCUUAUGCAAUAGAACUUUGCAGCUGCAUUCUUUAGUUUGCAUUUUUACAGUACUUACAAAGUCAUCCUGUAUGUUGUCUUUACUACAGUGAGAUUAUAAGCAUAUCUUCCACACCACAUAUAUGUUUCAAUAGUAAAGCUUUUUGGAAGCAUUAAAAAGUCCAAACAUACAUUUAGUUUCCCAUAAUGCUACACUAGCUAUUAAACGUGUGUUGGUGGUUAAAAAUUGCUGUACAAUAGCUUUUCUCUGACUUCCUGUAUUGUACCAAAUAUGAAACAGGUUUAUUUUUUUUUUUUUAAUCAAAAGGAAUAAUAACAACGACAGAGGGAAAAUUUCUGUUGUGAACUUUCCUAAUAUUGUGGAUUUCUUGAUAAGAUACAAACUAUCUUCAGACAGGAACCUAUUUUUCUUUUCUAGCUUAACUCCUGGAGUCCUGACCAAAAAAAAAAUAAAUCUCCCACUGACCUGGUUUCUCUUGCAGCACCCUCCAGGUAUUUCAGUAACCAAAGUGGUGCUUUGGUGAGAGCUUCUGUUGAGCAAAGGGCUCCAGGAGUGGGCUGAAAGGCAGCUGCAGGGGUUCAAGUGGGAAAGUGUCUGAUCUCAAACAUUAACAUGGGUAAGCUUCUAGUUCUCUGCCUUGUAAUAAUCAUAUGCUGCUGCUUUAUCAUCCAAAAAUCUUUAAAAAUAUAGUUUUCAGGCAAAUUUUUCAAAAGAGAAAAAAAAAAUCAACAAAUGCAUAACACUGGAUUGUCAACAUGUAUAGAUAAGGAAUGCAUCCCAAUGCACCCAAAGAUGAAUUGCACUCUGUGCUUUGAUCUAGAAAACUUCUACUUUUAAUAAAAGAAAUCAUAACAGUCUUCCCAACAAAUAGUCCUCUAACUCCUUUCUUCCUCUCCAGCAAAACCCACCUCUGGAAAGACACCCAUUGACAUUACUGCCAUGUCUAUCAAAGUUUUUCUUUUUGCCUGUUUAAACCAAGGCUCCCAUAACACUGAUGGAUCAGUUCAAGGGCAAACAAAAUGAGGAACAAAGCAAAAUCUCUCCCUGGGACUACACUAACAAUGGGAAGACUCUUUCUACUCCUUUGUGCCCAAAGAAAAGAUCUUUCCUCUUGACUAAUGCUGCAACCUUUUGACAUGCAGAGUGGUCAGUAUCAUGGCUGAGACACUGAAUCAGGAUGCAUCAAAAGCCUUCACUCCCAUGAUUACCCAGAUUAAAGCCUCUCAGCCUUUACUGGGCAUCCCUAGGCUUCAGACAGAGCAAAUCACUGGGUACCUGAGCAUAAAGAUGAAGCUCCCAUGUUAAUGUUUCUCCCUCUCUGUACCUGAGAACAAACCACACUGACUUUCUGUAGCAUUGUACUAGUAAGGAAUCAGAUUAGAAUCUGAGUUUUCCUACCUGAAUAAGACAGUCAGCUCUGGCUCAAAAAAAAUUGUACCUGUUACCUGAAAAAAAAAAAAACAACAACAACAAAAAAACAACAAUAAUUUAUUAAUAGAGAAGCUGCAAGAAAUGUUUGUCAUUAUUUUAUACUCAGUUAUGUUUAACAAUUGUUCAGUCAAGCUUGCUGGUUUUAUAACAGAACACUUAUUUCUACCAGGACAUUUUGGUCACUACAAUGUUUAUUUCAGUUUGGGUUUGUACACAUACAAUGCUAUCCAGACUCAGCAAGGUGGUGAACUUGAUGAUUUUUUUCAUUUUGUAACAUGCACAAACCUCCCUGUGCAAAAAUUGUUUCACUUGAAAAGAGACUUUGCUGUUAAAGCACAAAUUGGUUAUAUCAGCAAGAGGAGUUUAUUAGCAGGAGAAAGGUCUCAUUUGUGGUGUACUUGCUAACUGAACCCUUGUCUGUACACCUCAUAUCUGUGCUUUUGCAAUAUGCCACAUAAUAAUGUAAAUUUUGUUCAGUAGCUGUAGGUCUGAAGAAGAAAACAAAGGGAAACAAGCUGAAUUUCCUACUGAGCAUCAUGGAAAAUUAGGUAGGAGUUGGAACACUGGCUACCACACUUUCUGGGCCCUGUUCUCAUCAUGUUUACACUGCUAUCAAUCACAGAGUAGUUCCAUUACUAGAAUUGCUUGAGAAUCAGUUAAUCAUAUUUAGAUGAACUUUUCCAUCUACCCCUCCCCACAUCCUGCUUCCUCUGGUCUGCUCUGAGUAGCAAAGCAGCAACAUUUGUCACAGGCUCAUUGAAUGCUUACACAGUAUUGAAAUUCUGUCUUUGGGGGCAGAGAGAGAAACUCACAGCUCAGAUGCCUCCCCCAGAUGCUUCCCUUCCUUCCCCAACCACCUCCCCAUGGCUCCAAGCCAUUCAGCAUUAUUUAGUCCAGCAUUUAUUUGAAAUGCUUUUAGGCAAAUAAUUUAUCCUGGGCUCUGGGAUGGUCAGUGAAGUUAGAGAUCAGUAUAAUACAAACCUCACUGAAUUAGGGACUUCAGUUUGUACAGCCCUGGUUUACAUGAUUUAUCCCUAAAAAAAAAAGACUUGCAUAUAUUGACAACUAUUGUAUCACUGGUCUUUCCUUUGCAGAGACCUCCUGUCUGAAAUCCUGAGAAGGCUGCCAGUUUUCUUCUCAGUUGCUACUAAUACACUCAGCCACUUGGAACAUAGCAGAAUUUUGUACAUAAAUAGUUUCCCAUCUCUGUAUAAAGGCUAAGUUUCUUUCUGAAUGGAUUUAAUAAUGUCUUAUUUAAUUUAAAAGGAAAAAACCAAAACAAAACCACAAGAUAAAUUAUAUUAAAAAUCACAUCAGCUCAAGAACACCAAGUCUAAGGCAAAACUGAUCCUAUCUUCCCUUUAUUGCAUCUCUAGAAAUUCUGUUGUCUGAGGUACAGGGUUCAGUGCUAACAAAAGGAUAACUAAAAUAGCAAUUAUUUUUUUUAUUACGUCUCUGAUCUUUAGAAUUAACAUGCAAAGUAUAUCAGUAAGUAUCAUUACAAGUAUUCUAUUUCAAGCAGAUAUAACUGACAACUUUACUACAUAAAACUUCCCUGUUCUCUUGCUUCCCAUCAAGAUACACAAGCUGGGUUAUAUUUGUCCAAAUGAAAUGGAUACACUCACACACUCAGUGGAAAGUUAUGAGUUGCACAAUUACUAUGUGUGUGUAUAUAUGUAGAUAUAUAGAGAUAUACACAUACACAUAUAAAUAUAUAAAUAUAUAAAAUAUAUGCAGAUGGAGGGAGACUGAUACAACAUGGGCACUUGGAAUAAGCAGUAUAAUUCCAUGAAUUAUGAUUGAAUACAUGAGUUAAGGAACAGCAGUGUUACAUAUGCCAGACUGCCUUGAUUUUAAAGAAAAGAAAAAAAAGGCAAAAAACCCCAAAACAACCAACCCCAGGCUUAUCCCAACUCCCAUGUUGUAUUUAUGCUACCUUUAGCUGUCCCCUCUUAACACAAUUAUAUCAUUUGAAGAUAUGCAUUUAUGUUUACUGACUCAUUUUAGGUUGUCUAUGUACCAGCAGGUCACCAGGAGUGGAAAGGGUUUUAUAGCCAGAAUUGGGCAUUAUUUUGCUUGCAGUGGGACAGAUAUUUGGGAAAGUUUCACCCACCUGUUGAACAUUACACUCCUCCUCUGCAUCAGCAAGGGAUUUAUUGACCUGUAUUUAAUUAAUGAGGUUAAAAGGAAUGCCUAAAGAGAGGUUAUGUGUGUGUACACACGUGCACCUGGCCUGGGACUGUAGAAUAAAAACAUUUCUGGUGGACCCUGAUGGUUAAUUCAGUACAAAGAAGCUGUGUUGUUCCUGCCAUUUCAGACAGAACCUUCCUGUCAAGUCAUAUUUUCCCCAUAACAAACUCUGUCUCUUUAAGUUACCACCAAUAUUUUUUUUUAAGUGAUUUUCUUUAUUUAAAGUUCAAGCAAGAAAGGAUAUAUUUUGUUUGAUUUUAAAAAAUACUUAAUUCAGCUACUUUUCCAGUUAAUCGUUCCUUUGGGCCCUAGUUGCUGAAUUGCUUGCUGUUUCUGAGGUGUAAAUAAACAUUUUGAUUUAUGACGUGGUUGCAAAGAAACUUGUAAUUUAUUUGUGAAAUGCUCAAAUAAAUGAUGUAUGGGCUUUUA